AGUUCGCGAGUCAGUCGCCUCUAGACCACGGUGGGGGGAAGUCGCGCGUGUUCAAAACUAAAAUACACCGAUGUCAGAGCGUUAUAACUUUGUUGUUUUUAAAGUGAUUUUUGAAGUUUUAUGAGUGAAAAUGAAAUGUUUGCUGUUCGUUAUAUUAGCGGGAUGCGCCGUCAAGUGCGAUGAUAAUAAUUACUACGUGAUAGAGAUGCCAGAAGACCGUCUAGAAGACCAGGAAAGACCAUUCAGUGUGUACUGGAACGUCCCGACGAUGCAAUGCAAGUCAAAGAAGAUACCAUUUCGAAACUUAUAUGAAAAUUAUGGCAUUCUUCAAAAUGCAAAUGACAGUUUUCGAGGAGAGGAAAUCUCGAUCCUGUACGAUCCUGGACUGUUCCCGGCGCUUCUGAAAAAUGAGACCAGCGGGAAGUUUAAGUUUAGGAACGGAGGAGUCCCGCAGGAAGGGGAUCUGGAACUCCAUUUGGAGACAUUUAAGAGCGUUUUGGAGCAGAGUAUUCCAGAUGCCAAUUUCCGUGGGGUCGGAAUCAUCGACUUUGAGUCUUGGCGUCCGAUCUUCCGGCAGAACUUCGGAGUGUUGGUACCGUACAAGGACAUAUCAAUUGAAAUAGAGAAGAAGCUCCAUUGGUGGUGGCCGAAGCAGUGGAUACAGGCUGAAGCGAAACAACGUUUUGAGGAUGCUGCGCGCGCAUUCAUGCAGACCACUGUCUCUAUCGCCAAGCAGAUGCGGCCCAACGCCCUAUGGGGAUACUACGGCUUCCCCUACUGUUUCAACAUGGCGAAUAACAAGAUGAAAGAAUCAUGCGCAAAUAAAGUCCCUGAAGAGAAUGACCGUGCACACUGGUUGUGGUCGGAGAGUACUGCUCUCUAUCCUUCAGUAUACAGCUCGCGGGACCUCACCUCCUCCCAACUGGCAGGCCUCAUACGUGGGAGGGUGAAGGAAGCUGAUAGGAUCAAAUACAAGAACACUCCAGUGCUCCCUUACUUCUGGUUUCGGUACAGAGAUGGAGGAUAUUUCAGUGAGGAGGACCUGAAAACAGCCUUAGACACUUUGUAUAAAUCAAAUGCGUCAGGCUUCAUCAUAUGGGGAAGUUCGAAUGAUGUAAAUACGGUGAGCAAAUGUAAGAAACUGAAAGAUUAUUUAGACAACACCUUAGGCCCUGCUAUUGCAGCGUACACCAAACCAUCGACGAAGAUAAGAGACGAAAUGCCACCAAUAUCAGUCGAAAGGAUAACAACGAAAAGACCAGAUUUUCAAACGAAUAUCACAGAUCCAGAGUUCGAUUGGGUUCCACCAGAAAAUUACACGCAAGAUAUUGAAAAUUACGUUGUUGAGGAAAUCAAAAGAAAAGGUUCACAAUACGACAAAAUCAACCAAACUGUACCAAAUAUUAAUGACAGUAUACUUAUGGAGAUCAUUUUCAAUUCUUUAAUGGAGGAGCAUAAUAUGACUAAAAACGAAAAGAAAGGUCUACCGUUUAUUGAUAUUACAACUGAUAAACAAAGUUAUUACAGAGAUACUAGUCAAUCCGUAGAUAUAGAUGGUAUAGUUCAAAAUAAUAAAGAUACAAAUAUAAUGUUGAGUACAGAAUUACCUACAGAAUUAUUAAAUAUUAGUCAUACAGAAACGAUAAAUUCUAGUCCAGAAAAUUUAGUCACAAAAUUCGUUCAAAGCAAUCAAAAUGUUCAAGACAUUGAUUUAACUAAAGCUUCUACAGAUUUUCCUUCAAAUCUAGAAACAUCACAAAUAACUAGUUCAGAAUUUUUGACAUUAAAAUUACAAAACCAUCAUGUGACCACAGGUAUAUCAACAGAAACGGCAGAAUCUAUUGAUCUCAAAGAUGAUACAAAGAGUUUAAGCACAGAGUAUAUGACACCAAACGAUUAUUCAAAAACUAUAAAACUAAUAGCGAACCCAUCGUCUACAGAAUUUACACAAUAUGAUAAAAAAUACACGUCAACAACAUCUAGCACAGAAUUUUCCACUACAGAAUUACAAAACAAAUCACCCACAUUGUCUACUGAAAGCAUAUCUAAAGAUCCUGUAAAAAAAUUCAAAGAAUACUCAGAAGAGUAUGAUUCUCUCAGUAACGAAGAUUUAGUUGCUAAGUUUGUUACUAAAGGUAUUACUAAUACAGAAAUCUCAACUACUGAAUCUGUUCAUAGUUCUGAAGAAACGUUAGAUAAAAUGUUUAGCGGAGAAUAUUUAAUCACCAAAUUACAUCAGAAUAAUCAAAAUGACGUAUUCGACUCUACUACAGAAAGUGCUUCUGAUAUAAGUCAAGAGAAUCAGAAAGCGAAAGAAACGUUUACAUUAGAUUAUUUAAAUAAUAAACAAAUAGGGAUGUCAGAAACAACUACUUCAGGGAAUUUAAGAACUUCAGAUUCUACAGAAACAGAAUUAGAAAAUUUGUAUCUGGAGAGUCAAAAACAAAUUGACAAACUAGAAUCAAUGGGAACAUCUGAUGCUGAUGUAACGCAAUCCAUAGAUGAUGAAUACACAAAUGUUAAUACAGACAUAGAAUUCAAAUCUGAAAUUAAUAAUAUCAACAUAAAUGAUACAGAAAAUACACAAUUCUUUAACCAAGAUACAUUCCUGGACAAUCUAGAAAGUUCUGACGACGCAAUCAGUAUUAGCAAUUCAUCAUAUAAUGUCGAUAAUAAGAUUGAAGCUGCAGAAAGUAUUGAUUUCGAUACCAAAGAAGCAUCGGAAGCAACUGCUUCUACGACAGAACUAGACCAGGUUAAUGUCUAUGUACUUUAAGGUAUAUGUUUUUUCUUUUGCUUUAUUAAUACAACCGAAGUUGUACCAGGCAAACAGUUCGCAGUGAAGGUCACUUCUUUAUUAUUAUGACGCUGGAAUUUACUUCGUUGGUUAGUUGAUACUUCACACACUUGUAGGUAUGGGCGCCUUUAUUAUGAAUAAGCUAUUGCUCGUGCCUACGCUCACGUUAAAAGUUUUUCGUGAUUUCAGUCCCACUUUAUAAUUUCUUUUGAUAAAAUGUAGUCUACAUUUUAAGUUACACCUCUAAGCAAUAUAGGUAAAAUUCGCAUUCAAUUAUACGCAGAAGUUUUUAGAUGAUGCGAGUACAAACAGACAGAUAAAAAACCUAAAACUGUUGAAAUAGCUUCUGUUGCUCUAAUAUAUACCCCUAUAUUAUUUUUUCUUCAAUAUCUAUAGGUACAGGCAUCGGCCUGUGACAAUUUUAUAUUAUGAAUUAAUAAUAAUAUUAAACGAAUGGAAACAGCGAUAUCAAAACUAAUGACAACAAAGUGUCUGCUUUGCACUUAACAAGAUGUGUAAAUUCUUUUAAAAGGGUUAAAUAUUUAACGUCUUUAUUGCCUUGCGAACUCUUUGCCUGAUACUUCUAAGGUUUUACUGUCGCAUUUCUGCAACGUGAUAUCAUUUUGUUGAGGAUAAUUCUAUCAAUAUAAUAAUAAAGCUUAGGUCAUUAUACCUGCCGCCUUCAAUGACCAACAGAUUUUGUAUGCCUCACGAUGGCGUCGCCUUACUGAGAAGAAU